AUGGCCAAUGACGGACGACCAAGUGUAUCGAAUGAAAAAAGAGAAGUUGAUUAUGCAAAAUUAUGGCGAGACUUACAAAUAGAUUUUCACCUUGAAGGUUUGAAAUUUCCAGACAACAAAAUCUAUGGGAGAAUUAAUAUUAUACCAGCAUCAUCUCGUAAGCUUAUACAAAAAUUUGUGUUAGUUGUGAAUGAUGAAAUAAAUCGAAUUGACUUUGAACCUCACAUUGAACAUCUAGCAGCCUCAGGUUUCAAUACAAAGAAAAAACACCCAUGGGCUUAUAUUGAAGCGAUACCAAACAAUUCAAAAUGGCCAGAACAAGUUAAAAAAUCAAAUACUUGUAGCUUUCAUUUUACUGGUGAAGUAUUUGCAUUAAAUCCUACCAUAGGUUUCAGUUUGUCAGAUGAUAAGCAAAAUCUGAAACCAAAUCUUACUAUUAAGUGGUAUCAUAUUGGAGAUAAAGUUGCUCAACGAUAUGUUAUCUGUUUGGAUGAUUUAGAAGUUCGACAUAUACGUCAAAAGGAAAUCGAAGAUGUAUUCAAUAUCAGUAUUAGUGGUUUCGAAUGUGGCGAUGAACAUACUCUUCAGCUAGCAGCACGACUUAAUAAUCGUAAAGAAACAUAUCGAUCAGAUCCUUUACACUUCAUCGUACCUAAUAAAGAACUCAUUGGUAAUGAUGAUGUUGAAUUUAUCACUGUAUCCGACGACUUACCUCCAUCAAAUUUGCCUGGUAAUGAUUACAUAUACAUAUGUAUAUUCAUUGUUAUUUCUUUUUGUUACAUGUCCAACAAUGUAAUUUUAGUCAUUGUUGGUAUAAACGCCGAUGAACCAGUACCAGAUAUCAAUCAUAAAUACAAAGAAAACGACAACAUCACAAUUUUGUGUAAAAACCAUAAAAAAUUAUUAGCAAAAUUAACAGAGAACAUCAAUCGUAGGGACAACUGCACGUGCUGCAGUCAAUUACCACAUAAGAUAUUUCCUGGAGUAGAACAUUAUUUUGAAAAUACGAAAAAUAGAAAUUCAUUUAGUAAAGACAAUAGAACCAUAUCUUCGAAAGAGAACACUAAAGAAGAAGAAGAUGAUGAUGAUGAUGAUGUUAUUACACUGAAUAAUUAA